UUCCAGUUGCUUAAAUUGGAAAAUUUACUGCGAUGAUCAUUCUUCACUUUCAAAAGCUUAUUCUGUUUUGCUGAGUAAUAAAGCGUUUGUAAACAGUGAUUUUCAGAUGACCAUGCAUGGCUUUCCUUUGUUUUUAACGAAAAAAUAGGAUAUUGUGGCCUAGGUGAACUGGCGAGAGCUUUGUAAAUAUUAUGAUGCCAGAGAACUGGAAAAUAAUUAAACCAGGUUAUGUAAAUUAAUACGGACAGGGUUAUUGAUGUUCCAGACAAUUUUUUUUCUUGCAUGCUAAAUACCAGGCUGUUGGUUUGUAUCUGUGUUAAUAAUAAUUAUAAUAAGGUGCCUCGAUUGCUUGCGCCAAGACAAUAACCUUUUCAUUUCCCUGCUGUUUCUCCUUUAUCCAGUCACCGCAUGAUGGAGUAGACUCUUUCCCUUUAAUUGCCAUCAUGGCAUUUUACCUCAAUUGUAAAUUUAAAUGACUUCUAUGCUAAUGAUGUGACCUUUUCGACGCCCGUGCCUUUCGAGGAACACCGUCGCCGAUCAGCCUACAUGUUAGAAAAUUUUCAGGCGAAAUUUCAAAACACCGCUUCUUCGAAUCAUCAUUUUGACGAUCACGAACAUAAACUAACAACUUUAAAGGAAUUUUGCAUGAUGUAGCAACAGAAACCCCAUCAUUAACGAGAUUGGAAUUUAAACAGCUGAAUUCGGAUCCUUCUCGCUAGAAACCUCAGCAUUCAGAAUGAAUAGUGUUACUUUAGUCUUAGUGAUCGGCUUCUUGGUUGGCUCCGAGUUAUGGCUCGUCCAAAGUGAAAAUCUUCAGACUGAUACAACUCACCAAUCCCGAGUUGCUCGCCAAGCCCCUGGAACAAGGUCACAUGCUCAAACUCGUCAUGCCCGUCAAUCUCAUCUGCCCAGCUGUGGGUACACCAUCGCUCUGCUAGACUUUCCACCUUACAUCAUUAACACAAGCUCAACGGGAGGCUUUAUGUGCGAUAAAAUACGUUGGUUUGUAAAUAAGGAGUGCUUUGAUGAAGACAAACCUAAGGAUCAUGUAUGCAACAUGGAGCGCAGACUUGUUCAAAAUUCGGACGAGAUGGUGGAGCUGAUCAAAAACAAGAGCGUAGAUUUUGCUUUUCCCAUUCAAGCGGACGCCAAGGCAGCCCUUAAGGAAGAAGCCAACGUGACGCUCAUCCGAGGAUUUGUAUCACCUGGGUGUUCACUGAUUGUGAACACAAAACAGUGUGAGGAAGGGUCGCGGGCACAGUUACUGACUUCUAUUACGUCACAAUGGCCGAUCCUAGCUUGUAUUAUACUGUUAUCGGGGAUUUCUGGAGUUGUUAUCUGGCUAUUGGAACACAGAACAAACAGAAGACAGUUUUCACCCUCGUUUACAGCCGGCUCACCUGAGGGGUUUUGGUGGGCUGUGGUCUCACUUACGACAGUAGGGUACGGUGACAAAAUCCCAAAGUCCUCCCUCGGACGCUUGUUCGGUGUAAUCUGGAUCUUUGUGGGAGCGAUCAUGCUGUCAAUGUUCACUGCUAUGGCUACGAAUGCCAUGAAUACAGCUCUUGAUGGCACAAUAUGCAAAGAUAUUGAUGGUAAAGAGGUGGGUGUGUUCAUGGAGAAUACCGAAACACAAAUAGUUGCAAGGGAAUUCAAUGCAAAGAUUGUCAGGUUUAGCAACCUAGAAGAAAUGCAGUGGAAUCUAAGUGAGGGAGUUAUUGGAAGAGUUCUUGUGGACCGGAACACAGCAUUUCACUUCCUGGAUAAGUCUGGCUUGAAAAGAAACAGACAAAUUCGACUUAUUCGCUAUAUUGAUUAUCCAAUGUAUUAUUACCUAGCACAUGUGAGCAAAGGAGUAGUACCAAACCCUUCGCUGUCACCAAAUGGCAAGAACAACUCCGAUACAGAGCUUGUGCAAAGGAAAAAAAAGAUAGCGGAAUGUGGUCCAAAGUUGAAAGACGCUUCUACGGAACUGGUUUCGGCGAGCAAAGAAACUGCAAGAAACCAGCUCAUACCCGCCGAACUACAGACCGCAGACUUGUCGGAUCAAAUGGAGGGAUUAUUUUCCACUGGAUCUCAAAUGACUCGGUUGAUCUUGUACGGUCUUCUCGCAGUAUUUCUCGCAUUGGUUGUUAUCGGUAUUACGUGGGAAGUCUACAGAAAGUGCACUGCCACUGUACCGAGAAUGCAAAAAGAUAUGCACCAGCGUCCAGGUGAGCCCGAGGACAACUGUAACAUCACUCCCCUUAACAGAAAGAUGUACGUGGUACACGAGUUACUAAAUUUGGAGGAAAGGCUCAAAGGCUUAACGACUGAUCUACAAAAUUUGAAAGAAGAAUUUGCGAAGACUAUUGCUAAUCAGUAGCUGGCUUUUAUGAACGAUACAACUGCACCAUAAAUAGAUGAGAAAAGUAGAAAACAAUGGCGCCAAAUGCAGUGUUUUCUUUCACUGUAAAUAUGCUAGGAAGCCCGUAGUGAUGUCAGCAGGUUUCGACUCUUGUUCCAGUGCUGUCAAAAAAA